AUGAAGAUCGUCGACCCCCAAACCGCAACUUUGACCAACAUCGAAGUCCUAUCCUAUUUCACAGCAAAUCCACCUCGCAAAUCUGCUGCAGCACCUCCUGGAGCCAGGAAUUUCGUGCCGAAACCAGACCUUCGAGAUCACUGCACCGUUGUCACUGAGAUACACAAUUAUGUCGACCGAAUCUCCCCGCAUCUAUUCGACUACCCUCGCUACACGCAGGAGGGCCAGCGGCCAUUGACGAAUACAUUCCAACAGCCGUCUACAGACCAACAAGAACCAUACAUCCAAUCGACAGAACCCACGCCGCUAGACAAGGCAAUCCCAGCCCUGAUCAAAGAGCUUUUGCCAUUCAGCCUAACCAAGGCAGAAGUCAUGAUGAUGAUCAACCUUGGCCUCGGACUGAAACGCAAAGAGAAACUGCGCGAGGACGAGAUGGAGACGGACAAAGGGGAAGAGAACGGUGGCGAAAAGGAAGGGGAAGAAGAGGAGGAGGAGGAUGAUCUUUUUAAGGAUCAACCGAUCAUGGAUACCGUCAUUGAAGAUUUUAGUGAGAGACUGAAUGACGAGCAGUUCGUAAGCAUUGUGACUAUUAUGAGGAAACACCUGGGGAAAGAGGAAUCGUCUUGA